AUGUUGCGCGAUGGCGGCUUCAUAGCAACUCAAGACCCGCAGCAAACGACUGACGAUGACGAUCUCUUCUGGUCGAUGGUGUGGGAGCAUCAGGUGUCCAUCAUCGUCAGGCUGUCAGCGGACGACAGAAAUCUCGGAAACAACCAAAUGGGCUGUGUCCCUUACCUGCCUCUGGACCGACGCUGGGUGUUCAACAACGGCAUCGAGGCAAGCGUCAAGGAGAAGAGGCAGGAGGAGGCCACGCACACCACCACCACCGUCGUCCUGGUGAAGACGGAGGGCGACUUGACCCUAAAAAAAUUUAAGAUGUCUUCGGACGCGGGUAGUCAAUGUGAGAUACCCUUGUUGACACUGCCGAUCUAUGAUGGGUACCCUGAUGUGAUGUCACCAGGAGUGAGUAAGGAG